AUGAACUAUUCAAGAGAUCCUCCACCACCUUACGAAAGUGCUGCUAAUAUCAAUUCAGCGCCUUAUCCCAAUAUUGGAUUUGCAGCUGGACCGUACUCUGAGCCUGCAGGAUAUCAGGAUAAUCCAUCGGAUCAGGAGCCAAAAUAUAAUCGCAAUGGAAAUUUUACCAGCUUACAGUAUUCUGAUAAAUAUGUUAGACAUGCUUUCAUUCGAAAGGUCUAUCUAAUUUUAACGGCUCAGUUGUUAGUAACUUCAGCAUUUGUUUGCGUCUUUCUGUUUUCACCGCCGGUAAAAAAAUGGGUUUCAAAAAAUUCAUGGUUUUAUUAUUUGUCCUAUGCUACAUUUUUAUGCACUUAUAUCGCAUUGGUUUGUUGUCCCAGUGUAAGACGACGAUAUCCUGGAAAUGUGAUCGCUUUAUCUGUAUUUACACUGGCAUUUUCUUAUAUGACGGGUACAAUUACAUCAUUUUAUGACACUCAAUCUGUUCUAGUUGCUGUUGUUAUAACAGCUUGUCUAUGUAUAGCGAUUUCUGUUUUUGCUAUACAAACACGAAUUGAUAUUACAAAGUGUACUUCUUUAAUAUUUGUAUUAAGUAUUGUGGUAAUGUUAACUGGACUUGCUUGUAUCAUUGUUUUUGCUGUAUCCGGACCGAAUCGGAUUUUGCAAGUCGUUUAUGGUGGACUCGCAGCCUUGUUGUUUGGUGUGAUAUUGGUACAAGGAGGCACCAAAUACAUAUGCGCCACACAAAUCUCAUUCGAUAUGUGUGAGGACUGUGAUACUGACCGGGUGCCCAAACUGAAGCAGGUGGUUUUCCUAGGGGGCCACACCCCGAGCCUUCGACCUGAAGGUCUGAUCCACAAGACAGUGGAGCAUCGUGAGGAGAUGCAGUCCCAUGGUAGCCGGUGACCAACAAUUGAUUCAUACGCCAUUUGUUCCCUCAGGAUACUGGAGCCCAUGUGCAUCAUUGGUUUGGUUUGGAAUCCGGUUAAAGCGCCGGACAUUCGCUUUUCGUCCUCUCAUUUUCGUAAACAACAGUAAUGCCACGAGAAGGCAGUGAGUAGGACUUCCCUGUCAGAGGCUGUAUAUGCGUGGCCGUGUGAGAGCAUUUCGAGAGAGAGAGCGGACUCUCCCCACUCUCGGCCAUACCAGGGCAUUUUGGGGCUAAAGUAUGGGCCCAGCCGGGAUUCGAACCCGGGACCACUCACAC